AUGGAAAUACUGCAAUGUUGCGGAUUCAAUCCAGAUCGCGCCGUUGAUUCUAACGAUCAGUACCAGAAGCAUAACGUAAGCAACGACCAAACAGCUCCACCACAAAAAAUGGGGGACGAAGAGGUUAUGCAAAAGGUCGAGGUGAAAGGGGAUGAGUUCAGUGGUCUGAUUGGAAAUAUCGCUGGGAAUUUGAUCCGUGAUAAGGUUGGUGGACCAGGAGGUGACAUCCUGGCAGGACUUGCUGGAAAUGUUUUAGGCGGCGGAGGCGGUGGUGGUCGAGAUCCUAUGGGCGACAUCAUCGGUGGCAUCUUAGGUGGCGGAGGAAGCCGAGGUGGAGGUGGAGGUGGAUAUAAUGAUGGAGGAUUCGGCGGCGGUGGUGGUAGGCCGCAAGGAGGAGGCGGCGGCGGGUUCAACCUCAAUGACAUCGGAGGCAUUAUCAACUCCAUCGGUGGUGGCGGUAAAGGUGGUGACAUCGGUGGCAUCAUCGGAAGUCUGAUUGGUGGUGGAGGAGGCCAAUAUGGCGGUGGAGGCGGUAACAUCAAUCCAAACCGUCUAAACGGUGGAAUGGUAAACAUCAUUGGAAAUCUUAUCGGUGAAGCCGCUCACCGCUUCCUUGGUGUGGAUCCUUCGACGGGAAGAAUAAUCGGUGCUGUUGCUGGUAACGUCAUUAUGGGUCUUGGCGGUAAGGAUAACUCACUUGGCAAUAUCGGAAAAGUCAUCCUUGACAACAUUAUUUCCGGGAAAUUCAGAAGAGAUGUGGAUCCAUUCGUGCGUCCCGAACCUCGUCCCAGUCCAGGAGGUGGCGGUGGACCAAGCCCAAUUCGCCCGGUUCCAGCUCAUGAGCCUUUGGACUUUUAUGAGCAAAGAGACAAGUGUCUGGCGGAAAAACGUCUCUUCGAAGAUCCACAUUUCCCUGCACAGGACAGCUCGUUGUUCUUCAGCAGGAGCCCACCAAAGAGAAUUGAAUGGCUUAGACCGGGCGAGAUUGUUCGUGAACCGCAACUUAUCACAGAAGGACAUUCUCGUUUCGAUGUAAUUCAGGGUGAAUUGGGUGACUGUUGGCUGCUAGCUGCUGCUGCCAACCUCACAUUGAAAGACGAACUGUUUUACCGUGUCGUUCCUCCAGAUCAGUCUUUCACUGAAAAUUACGCCGGUAUCUUCCACUUCCAAUUCUGGCAGUAUGGAAAAUGGGUAGAUGUUGUGAUCGAUGAUCGUCUACCAACGUCGAAUGGGGAAUUGCUCUACAUGCAUUCGAAAAGCCAUAACGAAUUUUGGAGUGCACUUCUGGAGAAGGCUUACGCAAAGUUGUACGGAUCCUACGAGUCCUUAAAAGGAGGUACCACCUCGGAAGCUUUAGAAGAUAUGACUGGAGGACUGACAGAGUUUUUCGAUUUACGUCAACCUCCAAAAAAUCUCAUGCAAAUGAUGAUGAGAGGAUUUGAGAUGGGUUCACUUUUCGGCUGUUCUAUCGAAGCUGAUCCACGUGUUUGGGAAGCAAAAAUGUCGAAUGGUCUAGUAAAGGGUCAUGCCUACUCCAUCACUGGAAUGCGAAUCGUGAACGGUCCGAAUGGACAAGAAUGUCUUCUUCGAAUUCGAAAUCCAUGGGGAAAUGAGCAGGAAUGGAACGGCCCAUGGUCCGACAAUUCCCGAGAAUGGCGUAGUGUUCCAGACAAUGUGAAGGAAGAGAUGGGUCUGCGUUUCGAUCAUGACGGAGAAUUUUGGAUGAGUUUCGAGGAUUACAUGAGAAACUUCGAGAAAAUGGAAAUUUGCAACCUUGGCCCUGAUGUUAUGGACGAGGUUUAUCAGAUGACUGGAGUUCGCGCCCCAGGAACUGUUUGGGCGGCAAACACCCAUGAUGGAGCAUGGAUUGCUAACCAAACCGCAGGAGGGUGCAGAAAUUACAUCAACACCUUCGCUAACAACCCACAGUAUCGUGUACAACUUACGGACUCCGAUCCGGACGACGAUGACGAGUUGUGCACAGUGAUUUUUGCUGUAAUGCAGAAGUAUCGAAGAAAUCUCAAGGCAGAAGGCUUAGAUAAUGUGCCCAUCGGUUUCGCCGUUUAUGACGCUGGCAGCAUCCACGGACGUUUGUCAAAGCAGUUCUUCCAGGCCAACAAAUCAUCGAUGAGGAGCGCUGCUUUCAUUAAUUUGAGAGAGAUGACUGGUCGAUUCCGUGUCCCGCCUGGCAAUUAUGUCGUCGUUCCUUCGACCUUCGAACCCAAUGAGGAAGCAGAAUUCAUGUUGAGAGUGUACACAAAUGGAUUUAUUGAAUCAGAAGAACUAUAA